GAAAAUUUCUUAUGUUAUCACAGACAAGUUCUCAUCGCCUCCAAGUGAAGAGAUAGAUACCAAAUUCAUCAAAAUGAAAUCUUUCGCUGUCCUUUGCCUGUGUGCGGCGGUGGCCCUCGCAGCGCCAGUUGAGGAGUCGAACCACUCGCAGCCUGCCAUGGAGCACAUCCACGAGCAAGACGACCUCGGCCAGUACACCCUGAAGUACAGGACUCCCGAUGGCACGAUCGUUUCCGAGCGCGGCCGACUGGUGCCGACAGCCGACGGCAAAGACCAAGUCCUGAUUCACGAGGGUUCGUUCAGCUACAUCGGAGACGACGGCAAGACCUACGUCACCAAGUACAAGACAGAUAUCGCUGGCGCCUACCAACCUGAAGGCGACCAUCUGCCCAAACCAGUGGAGCCUGAACCUGUACCCGAGGUUCCAGUAAUAGCGUAACUUAAAAAAUAAAUCAAAUUAAU